AUUGAGACUUGUGGGUAAUUUCCAGCGGUCUUGCCAUUCUUUCCCUUUUAUUAUUUUGUGACUCUUGAAAGCAACUCCAGCAGGAGUCAAACUCUGGAGGCUGCAUUACCGAAUUAAUAAUGUCAACAGUGGAAUCGCAGAGUUAUGGCCCAGCGUCGCAAACUCUGACAUUUCUAGAGACUGAGGAAGCUGAUUUUGGUGCUGACACACAAGGGAGUGAAUUUGAGUUUAACGAAUUUACCUUACCAUCUCAGACACAAACACAGUCACAGGCUUCCCAACUUGAUCAGGCAAGUCAACCGUUGCUUAAUGGUUUCCCAGAAAAUUCUACAACUAUUAGCUUGAAAAAGGGAGGUCAAGAACAUGAAUUGCUUAUACGAAAGCAUGACAAAGAUAAAAAAGAAGUUAAGGAAAAAGAUGAAGAGUCUGUAGUAAAGGACUUGUCAAAAGGUGUAGAAGAUCUUAAUUUUGAGGAAGAUGAAGAGGAAAACUUUGCUGAUAAGGAACUGCCUCCACAUGCAUGCAGAUACUGUGGCAUUCAUGAUCCAGCAUCAGUUGUGUUGGACAACACAGACAAAAAAUGGUUUUGUAACGGCCGUGGAAACACUUCUGGCAGCCACAUUAUUAAUCAUUUGGUGCGUGCAAAGCACAAAGAAGUUUCUCUUCACAAAGAUGGACCCCUUGGUGAAACCCAAUUAGAAUGUUACAAUUGUGGUUGUCGUAAUGUGUUUCUUCUUGGUUUUAUUCCAGCUAAAGCUGACUCUGUUGUUGUCCUAUUGUGCAGACAACCCUGUGCUCAACAAAGUAACAAGCAAGAUACAAAUUGGGACCAAAGUCAGUGGCAGCCGCUUAUUAAUGACAGGUGUUUUCUUUCAUGGCUUGUCAAAGUUCCCUCUGAGCAAGAACAGCUUCGUGCAAGACAAGUUUCUGCGGUACAGAUUAAUAAGCUUGAAGAGUUAUGGAAGGACAAUCCUGAAGCUACUUUGGAAGAUUUGGAGAAACCAGGGGUAGAUGAAGAACCUCAAACUGUUUUGCUUCGAUACGAAGAUGCUUAUCAGUAUCAAAACAUAUUUGGACCGCUUGUAAACCAUGAGGCAGAGUACGAUAAGAAACUAAAAGAAUCUCAAAGCCAAGAUAAUAUUGUUGUACGAUGGGACAUUGGUCUAAACAAGAAGAGGAUUGCUUAUUUUAAUUUUCCACGUUCUGAUGGUGAGAUGCGUCUCAUGCAAGGGGAUGAAUUAAGGUUGCGUUACAAUGGUGAAAUGCGUAAACCAUGGUCUGGAGAAGGUCAUGUGAUUAAACUUCCAAACAAUUUUGGUGAGGAAGUUGGAUUAGAGCUGAGAAAAAAUGAUGGAGUUCCAACCGAAUGUACACAUCACUUUUCAGUGGAUUUUAUCUGGAAAUCAACUUCAUUUGACAGAAUGCAAUAUGCUAUGAAAACAUUUGCAGUUGAUGAAACAUCAGUGAGUGGUUACAUCUAUCAUAAACUUCUUGGGCAUGAGGUUGAAGAACAGAAUGUCAAAUGUUCUCUUCCAAAAAGAUUCUCUGCACCAGGCCUACCUGAACUGAAUCAUUCUCAAGUUUAUGCCGUCAAGACAGUUUUACAAAGACCACUCAGCCUUAUCCAGGGUCCUCCUGGUACUGGUAAGACUGUAACUUCGGCAAGCAUUGUGUAUCAUUUGGCCAAGCAAGGAUUGGGACAGGUCUUGGUGUGUGCACCUAGCAACAUUGCUGUUGAUCAAUUGACUGAAAAAAUACACAAGACUGGACUGAAAGUGGUCAGACUAGCAGCUAAAAGUCGUGAAGCUAUUGAUUCACCCGUAUCACACUUAGCUCUUCACAAUCAAGUCCGUAACAUGGAUAGCAUGCCUGAACUGCAAAAGUUGCAACAACUAAAAGAUGAUCAAGGAGAACUUUCUUCAUCAGAUGAGAAAAGAUACAAGACAUUAAAAACGUCUGCGGAAAAAGAGCUUUUACAGCAUGCUGAUGUCAUCUGUACAACUUGUAUCGGUGCUGGUGAUCCACGCUUGAGAAUCGCCAAACUUCGAUUUCGAUGUGUUUUAAUUGAUGAAUCUACCCAAGCCACAGAACCCGAAUGCAUGGUACCAAUCGUUCAUGGAACAAAACAGCUCGUAUUGGUUGGAGAUCACUGUCAGUUAGGUCCUGUAGUCAUGUGUAAGAAAGCUGCUAGCGCUGGCCUUUCACAAUCAUUGUUUGAAAGAUUAGUUGUAUUGGGGAUCAGGCCUAUCCGUUUGCAAGUACAAUAUCGUAUGCACCCAGCGUUAAGUGAAUUCCCUUCAAACUUGUUCUACGAUGGAACACUGCAAAACGGAGUAACAGUUGCUGAAAGAUUGCAAGCUGGUGUGGACUUUCCUUGGCCUGUUGGAGACAAGCCAAUGUUUUUUUAUGCUACGACUGGACAAGAGGAAAUAUCUUCCUCGGGAACUUCGUAUUUAAACAGAACCGAAGCUGCGACUGUUGAAAAGAUUGCAACCCGUUUUUUAAGAGCAGGUAUCAAACCCCAACAAAUGGGUAUUAUUACGCCUUAUGAAGGACAAAGAGCUUACAUCGUCUCGUAUAUGCAAUUUAGUGGUUCUCUUCAUGCUACUUUGUAUCAGUCCAUCGAAGUAGCCAGUGUCGAUGCAUUCCAAGGUCGUGAAAAAGAUUACAUCAUUAUGUCUUGUGCACGUUCGAAUGAACACCAAGGAAUUGGUUUCCUCAAGGAUCCACGCCGUUUAAACGUGGCACUGACGCGUUCCAAGUAUGGCUUGAUUAUUGUUGGUAAUCCCAAAGUAUUGUCGAAGCAACCCUUGUGGAACCACUUGCUGAACGACUAUAAGGAAAAGCGAGUCCUUGUGGAAGGUCCUUUAAACAAUCUUAAGGAGAGCGCUAUCCAGUUUAGUAAGCCACGAAAACUUGUUAACCGCACUAAUCCUGGUGGACGUUUUAUGACUAACACCAUGUUCGACGCUAGGGAAGCAUUGAUAGCUCCUGGUAUGUACACAAAUAGGCCUGUACGGCCGCAUGUGGACCCGGUGAUGGACUCUUACUAUCGAACCCACGACCGCAUGAAUUUUUUUCCACCUGGUCCGGACCAAGCAAGGAAUACAUUUGCUGCUAACAUUCCGAUCCCCGUUGGGAUGUUCAUGUCUCCCAUGCCACCUCCUACAUACCAGUUCAAUCAUCAAGCUAUGGUUCGACCUGGACAGCAACACAGACAACGCAUGCCAAUGGGAAACAAGAUGAAUCAGAAACAUGGGCAGUAUAACAAUCGAGCUACUAGUCAUGAUCUUUCACAGGGACCUUUAUCCCAGGGACCCUUGUCACAAGGUCCUUUAACACAAGGUGGAAUGAGCCAGCCUAUGCACCCAUUAUCUCAACCAUUGUCUCAACCGGAACUUUCUCAGGAUAGUUACCUUGGUGACGACUUCCAGUUGAAGUCGCAAGCCGACCAGGUCUUGUCACAAGAUUCCUCUUACCAGGGAGAUCGCGGUGGAUAUCACCCAUUCUCAUCACAAGCGGAAUAUUCACAGCCUAUGUACAACUCGCAGUACUAAGAUUUCGAUAGCCGUGGUGGUCUGGGCAAAUUCAUCGUGUUGAUCAAUGCCUUGAUUGGACACCUUGCCCACAAGCGGUUUACCUGAGUUUCCGAAUAAAACAUAAAGGCCACCGAUGGCGAAUUGUUAAUGGUUUUACUCACCGUUGUGUGCUAAUAUCAUGUUGAUAACUUAUCACCCAUGUUGGAGGGACUAGUUUUGAACGAUCGAAAUAAAAUUUAACCCGCGUUGACAAGUUGUGUAUUUAUACGGUGUAGUUUAGAACUUGGAGAUUUUUUAAUUUGAAGCGUAUUCGAAGAGAUUUGUAAUCGCAAUGAUCUGAAACUUAAAAUGUACCAAACUGAAAGUCAUUCCUGUGUAACUUUCGAUUCCUGUUACGAGUUUUUAUUGAUUUUAAUAGUUCGUAGAAAAUUGUUUGCGUGGGACUUGUUGCUAUGUAAACAUGCUUAUAAGUAUUUGUGAUAAGGCUGGUGGUUAAUAUAAAUCAACACUGAUAAA